AUGACGUCACGCAAAGUUAUAGUCUUUGGCCCAACAGGCGCGGUCGGCUCGGCCGCAGCACGUACUGCUGAAGAACUGGGGGCGGACGUUGUGCUUGCGCUGCGAGACACGGCCAAGCCCGUCCGCGGCCUUGACGCCGCAAAGGAAAAACAGGGCCGCUUUGAGAGGGUGUACGCCGAUCUCACCAAGCCGGACACGGUCCGCGAUGCUGUGCAGACAACCCAAGCAAAGCACGCUUUCAUUUACUGGGCACACGGCACUCCCGAUCACCAGAAGUCGAGCAUCGAGGCACUCAAGGCGGCGGGGAUCGAAUUAGUGGUGUUCUUGAGCAGUUUCACCGUUCAGGGUGAUCUGAAGGCCAUCCAGCCCGACGACGUGAUCUCGUACAUCCAUGCGCAGAUCGAGAUCAAUCUCGAGGAAGUAUUUGGAAAAGAUGGAUUCGUGGCACUCAGGCCAGGGUCGUUUGCCAGCAAUAACGCGCAGUUCAAGGCAGGACUCGAGAAGGGAGAGGUGAAGGUGUACCAGCCAGACGCAACGAUCGACAAUAUCGUCCCCGAGGAUAUUGGGAGAGUGGCCGGCACGAUUCUUGCUAAAGGACCACCCCAGGAUGGUCAGAAGAUCAUUUUUCUGUUUGGGCCUAAGUUGUUGUCGCAGGCGGAUACCGUCAAGACCAUUGCCAAAGUCCUAGGCAAGAAUCCCAAGAUCGAGAGCGCUAACGCAGAGGAGGCUUAUGAGAUCUUCCUGCAGCGGGGAGUGCCAGCCCCUCUAGCGAAGUACAUGGUCAGUCAGACGGGGAAAGUCCUCACUGGACCUGGUAUUCAAGUGUUUGGUUUUCCGGGCAAAGAGGAAUAUCUGCAUAACGUUGAGAGGUAUUCUGGGACUAAAGCCACCACGGUUGAGGAGUGGGCGGAGCAGAACAAACAUGUGUUUCUGUCUUGA